AUGAGCGCCGCUACCGACGAGUUGUUCAACCAAGGUUGGGGCGACGUGCUGAGUAACAUCUCGCCGUAUGCAUGGGGUAAUAUGGGCGUCGCCUUUGGCUUGACCUUUUCCAUUGUUGGAGCCGCUUGGGGUAUCUUCAUCACAGGAUCGAGUCUCCUGGGAGCUGCUGUGAAGGCCCCGCGGGUGCGGUCCAAGAACCUCGUGAGCAUCAUCUUCUGUGAAGCCACUGCGAUCUACGGCGUCAUCAUUGCAAUCAUAUUGCAGAGCAAGAUGAACCAGCCUGGACUGCGCAAUGAGGGAGAUGAAGGGAUCAACGAACACGCGCUGUACUUUGCUGGCUACGCGGUCUUUGGGUCGGGAAUCGCAGUGGGUUUGACGAAUCUUGCUAGCGGGGUCUCCGUCGGUAUCGCUGGUAGCAGCUGCGUACUUGCGGACGCGCAGAACGCAGCGCUAUACGUGACAAUUUUGAUCGUGGAGAUUUUUGCCAGUGCGCUCGGCAUUUUUGGCGUCAUCGUCGGCAUCAUUCUGUCCAACAAUGCAGAGUUUCCCAAGUGA